AUGUACGAAUUAGCAGAUUUAGGAACCAUUGAAGAGCUCUUUACCGCGGAAGCACACAGAAAUACUGUCGGUGGAAGAUCACUAAGGCAUUUCUUUACUUACUAUAAUCAACGCCUUCCAACAACAAUAACGGUGGAAUUUGUAGAUCAGACAUUAAAGAAAAUGAUGGGGCGAAAGUAUCUGACCUCGGUGACAAAGGUCAACAAUCGAAGGACGAGGUGUAUUAUACGCAAAGUGAAGGAAUCGAUCUCGUGCCAAGCAGAAGAUACUGACGAUCUAUCAUUCCCUCACGAGAAGGGAAACUACCUUCAAUACCUUUACCUCUGGGCGCUCGCUUCAAAGCGCUAUGAAAUUGCACGCUAUCUACUGAUGAUGUUGACAGACAUCACCGUGGCGGCGCUCUUUGGAGCCUCCUUCUUAAGACGAAAAGCCCGAACUCUUAGAUCGCCGUCGGAUAUUGAAGAACUCCAGCACUACUCUCUCUCACUUUACAUUUGUCAUCUCUACUGCAGAGUCUUUGAAGAUAUCGCUCUGUCUAUUGUGAAGCAAUGCUACGGAAAUAAUGUGAAAAGUACAAUGCAAUUGCUUAUUAUGGAAAGGAGGACUUUUAAUCAGGUCUCCUGUUUUGUGAUGGCAGCCGAAGGCGACUGCAAGCAUUUCAUGGAGCAUCAAGCCUGCCAGGAGUAUCUCGAUCGAAUUUGGGCUCAUACACUCAUUUUGAGAACUGCCUCUUGGAAGUCACGACUUCCCGUUCCCCUGCUCCUCUCUCGUAUUGGCGAAUUCCGGAUUUAUUUUGUUGUCCUUCUCAAGAUUAUUAACUCCCUCAUGGUCUGUUCUGGGCUUUUAGUAAAUGGCACUGUUCGGAGUAAUGUGCGCCUCCUAAAAACAAUUGGACGACAUUAA